GGUGACGAAAAGUGUUUCCAGUGACGCGCCUUUAUAAAAGCUACGAGCUUGGCAACUCCCUUACUGUACACUGACUGCCGCUGCUGAUUUAAACAUCUUGGAGCUACUUCCUUACAGAGAUGUUUCGGGGUGCGUGCCUGCUGCUUGCAGCGCUUUGCGCGCAGUGGCAGGUGAAUGCCCAAUUUCUGAGCAGGGCGAGCCUUGAACAGGCUGUCAACGCCGCCAUCACUAAGGUGGACUCGGCAUAUGAAUACUCAAGACAAGAGUGCCUUGAUCGUGUCAGACGCAAUGGAGCCAGACCUCAGGAUGUGUUGCGCUUUUUCAAGCAACCUAUGGGACUCACCCGUGAGGUGGCCCGAUCUGCUGAUUACAUGGACGCCACACUGAAUAUUGUCAAAAGGUCGGCAGAAAGACGUCAAAGACGUUCCAUCAACGCCACAGAUUUGCUGUCUGAGGAAGAUCUGGAGUUCAUUGCAGAACUGACAGGCUGCUCACCUCGACAGCGCAUGCCCUCUUGCAAGACAAUUCCCAACCUGAACGUCUUUCGUACCAUAAGUGGCGUCUGCAACAACGAGCACAAUCCUCGAUGGGGAGCCUCUAACAUACCAUUCGUACGCUGGCUUCCGGCUGAGUACCAGGACGGAAUCUCGGUGCCCCGAGGAUGGGACCCGAUUAAAAUCAAUGGCUUCCUUCUUCCUUUGGUAAGAGAAGUGUCCAAUCGUAUCCUGACCACAGCCAACAGCGAUAUAGUGAGCGACUCAGUCUUUACUCAUCUGUUGCCCUCCUUUGGACAAUGGACAGACCACGACCAGACCUUAGCGCCACAUUCCCCGGUAAUCCGUUCAUUCAGCAACGGUCUGGAUUGCGACGAGAGCUGUGAGCGCACCGAGCCUUGCUUCCCUAUUUUGAUUCCCAAGAAUGGCCCGCGCUUUGGCAAGCAGGAGUGCAUCCCUUUUUUCCGAUCAACGGCAACAUGUGGAUCCGGCCCCACGGGGGCCAUCUUUGGCGGUGCCACUGUGCGCCAACAACUGAACUCCCUCACAUCCUACAUUGAUGGAAGUCAGGUGUACGGCUCGGAUGACGAAAAAGCUCUGGAGCUCCGUGACCUCACCACAGAUCUGGGCUUGUUGAGGGUUAAUGAAGAGUUUACUGACAACGGCAGAGAACUGCUACCCUUUACCAAGAUGAUGGCCAAUGUGUGUGCAACCCGAGCUCGCAUCACCAAUGACAAAAAUGCCAAGGAAGUGCUUUGCUUUUUGGCAGGUGAUGAACGUUCCAACGAGAACGUUAUUUUGACUUCGCUGCACACGCUCUUUUUACGUGAUCACAACCGUCUGGCUCGAGCCCUGGCGAAAUUAAAUCCUGACUGGAAUGGAGAGAGACUGUACCAGGAAGCCCGCAAGAUUGUGGGAGCCCAACUCCAGAUUAUUACAUUCAGAGACUACAUCGGCUACAUUGUUGGUCCUGAAGUUUUAGCGAAGCAGCUCUCUACCUACCCUGGCUACGAUAAAUUCAUCGACGCCACAAUUUCCAACGUAUAUGCAACAGCUGCCUAUCGAUACGGCCACUCGAUGAUUCAGCCAUUUGUUUUCCGUCUCGACGCGUCCUAUGAGGAUCACCCGUUGUACCCCUCUCCAUUGCUGCACACAGCCUUGAACACACCAUGGAGGAUUGUCUUUGAAGGUGGUAUAGACCCAAUCAUGAGGGGCCUUGUGGGUCGGCAGGCCAAGUUGAACGUUCAGGAUGCCAUCAUUACUGAUCAGCUGAGAGAUUUGCUGUUUAGAUUCUCUUUUGAGAUGGCGCUGGAUCUGGCCUCUCUCAAUAUGCAGCGGGGACGUGACCACGGACUCCCUGGAUAUAACCAAUGGCGCAAGUUCUGUGGUCUGUCACAACCAAGAAAUCUGGAGGAACUGGCUGACGUGCUGAGAAAUAAGGAAUUGGCGAUGAAGCUUCUGGAUCUGUACGGCACACCUGAUAACAUUGAUCCGUGGCUCGGAGGAAUUACAGAGCCUCUGGUGAAAGGAGGAAGAGUUGGACCCUUGUUUGCCUGCCUGAUUGCAAUUCAAUUCCGCAAUGCUAGAUCGGGAGACAGAUUUUGGUGGGAGAAUGAUGGAGUAUUCACAAGGGCCCAGAGAGCCUCUCUGUUGACGACGUCGAUGUCUCGCAUUAUCUGUGACAACACUGGCAUCACAGAAAUUCCAAACCAACCGUUCCUGUUCCGGCCACGUGGUGACGGUUACACUGACUGCCGUUACAUCCCGGAGUUUGACCUCACUCCAUGGAAAGAAACCCCGUAUGGAUUUCCUGACACCAUACCAGGCACCAAGCCCAAUCCAGCUCCCUGGACAGCAUGGUCAGCCUGGUCACCCUGGUCAGGAAUGGCACCUGGAGGUUAUGGACCUCCUGGACCUCCAGGAUAUGGACCUCCUGGACCUCCAGGAUAUGGACCUCCUGGACCUCCAGGAUAUGGACCUCCUGGACCUCCAGGAUAUGGACCUCCUGGACCUCCAGGAUAUGGACCUCCCGGACCUCCAGGAUAUGUACCUCCUGGACCUCCAGGAUAUGGACAUCCUGGACCCCCUGGACCUCCAGGACCUCCAGGAGCCCCGGGAUCCUUUAGCUCUGAGAAAAUGGCUUUCUCUGUACGGCUGAGCAAUAAUUUCCCCAGACCCGGUAUUCCUAUCCCCUUCCAAGAGGUCAUCUAUAAUGGGCAGAACAGCUAUGACAUCAACACAGGCAUAUUUACUUGCAUGUAUCCAGGAGUGUAUGAAUUUCAGUUCUCCUGCACCAUCUUUGAGCAUGCGGCGAGUGUGGAUCUGAUGCGUAACGGAGAAAUCAUUUUGCACUCAUUUACCACCAAGCAGGAAGGUUACAUCUCAGCCAGUGGAAGCACAUACAUUAAGCUGAAAAGGGGAGACAAAGUAUGGCUUAUAGCUAACUUUGGUGGCAAUGGUCUGACAAGAGACAGCUACUUCAAUGGGCAUUUGCUCUUUACUGAGGACUAAUCACUAGUACAAAACAUCUUGAAGAAUAGUUACAAAUGGAAAAGCUCAUGUGCUCACGUUUUGUCCUGUUGAAUACAAACGCAAAAAUACUGUAGAAUUUGCAUUGACCCCCAUUUUUUUAAAAGUUUGGUUUAAUUUCAUCAAUAGCUAGCUAGCUAGAUAGAUAGAUAGAUAGAUAGAUAGAUAGAUAGAUAGAUAGAUAGAUAGAUAGAUAGAUAGAUAGAUAGAUAGAUAGAUAGAUACUGCCUUCAUCCAGGGCGUGUACAAAUGUUGCGCUUGUUUUGUGUGUGUGUGUGUGUGUGUGUGUGUGUGUGUGUGUGUGUGUGUGUGUGUGUGUGUGCGGGUGUGUGUGUGUAUACAUAUAUCUUACAGCUGCAUAUUACUUGUGCUAUGUGAUAUUGUGUUCUCCUUCUUUGAAAAGAAUUCAUCAUUUUAAAAUAUUUUCUUUUUCCCCCUCUUCCGAAACAAUGACUUCCCACAUGUCAUAGGAUAUUUUUGACAGGAGCACAACUGAAUCAUCUUGAGAGAAAAGCUAUUCUUUUCUGCUUUGUUGCCAUAAUUAAAUUGAAUGAAUAUGCCAAUAAAUAUAUAAAUACAG